UAUGGGGCUUCUUUUGUAUUCACUGCACUCAGCCUCCUAUUACAUUACAGCUCCACUAUAGUCUGCAGAUGGUGCUUUACAGACAUUGUACAAUAUUCAAUGGAAAGGGUCCAAAUUCUGUAAUUAUUAUAAAGUAAUAAAAAAAAAUAAUAAAGAGGAUUAUUGUAUACAUCUAGAUGGGAGCACUUUCUAAACCAGGCAUUAAGGGAAAUAAAAGGACCCCUGCAGUUGAUAGCCCUGCAUCUGCACCUGCUUUGUUUUGGUAAGAAUCACAGUAAACAUCCUGGGAAAUAACAAUGACAGAAUCUUAUCCCAUGUUGCACCAGUGUCUCUCUCAUCACUGUCAUGUGCUCUCUGUGGGGAAAGAAAAGGGCGUCUGUAGCAUAAAAUUAUAAUUUGAAAGGGCAGACGACUUUAAACUCCUUCUGGCUACACUUUUGGAAAGAGAAAUUUGAUGCAACCCAUUAGAAACUCACAGUUGCUCUGCUUGGGGUAUCUCUAUGGCAACACAGAGGCAUCCAAGCACAAACCAACUGCAGAAAGGAGGAGGGGAGAGGCACAUUCUUGAGCCAUAGUGCUUCCCCAGCUGCUGCCAAUACAGAACUUCGGAAGUUCUCGGAGUACAGAUCUUCAGAUGUGGGAGAGGGAGAUGGCCAACAAGAAUCUGCAGACAUUAAGGGACCAGUUGGAAGCACAAACUAGAGAGAUCCAAAAACUGCAGGAUGAAGUAGAGCAAGCUACACAGCGUACCAUAAACAAGCUCUCAAUUUCAUACCAUGAGCAAUCUACUGUCAAUAGCUGUGGUGCAACAGAAGCUAGUACGAAUAUGCCAAUGGUUGGGAGUUCCAAUUUUGUGCCAUCACUACACUUCCCAAGCCUAAUGUUGCAGCACUUCACCCCUGAAGAUCUGAAAUCUCCAGCCAGUUGCAGCUCAAAACCACAAGAUGUCCUUCGAGAUAGCAUGUCCAACCAAAUUAGACAGCAAAAUGAGGAGGACAUGGAUAAGAGCCAUUCACAGUGCAGAGAUACACAGAAAAUGUCAAAUAAAAGCUGCAUUUUUCAUGAACAUAAAGCAUUGCAGCUCAGACAGUCAAUAAGUGAACUGCAGUGCAAAAUCAAAGACCUAGAAAAAGAAAGAGAAUCCAUGUUGGACAUGAGGCAGCAAGAGUCAAAAAGCCAUGAAGAAGCAAAUAGACAAUUUCAGGUGACUAUUCAAGAGCUUCAGAUAGCCAACCAGCUGCAAGAGGAGAUGCUGAAGCAGUCACAUAUUUACACAGAUUUGUUAAAGGAGAUGAUCAAGAAUCAAGAUAGGGUUUUCCAAGACAUCCAAGAAGCCCUAGGGAAUUACGAAGAAUGCACAGGAAAGAAAGAGUUUGGGGAAAGACCUGCUAUGAAUCUUCAUGCUAGAAACCUUGGGACACUAGUAAGCAAAAGGUUGCAAGAUCUUGCAAGUGAGAUCAACCUUCUUAAAACAAAAAACCAUGAAACAGAAGGUGAACUGGAUUUCCUGAAAAAAGAAUUACAGAAUAAAGAAUCGCUUUUGAAAAAUCAGCAGGAAAGGUGUGAUGCUCUAGCAAAAGAGCAUGAACAGAAGGUGAGCACACUGACUGACGAGGCUAGUAGACUGCAGAGCCACGCAGCGACUCUCCAGACUCAAAUGGAAAUUAUUCAGGAACAAGCUAAAGGCCAGAUAUCAAAUUACAUGGCACAGAACACUAACCUGGAGACAACGGUUUCCCAGCUUCAAUCUGAACUAAGAAAUGACAAGAUGAUGUAUAAAGAGAAGAUAGAAGAUCUCCGUGGACAGCUGGUGGCAUCUGAUGUUGCCCUGAAGCAGGCUCAGAAUGGACACGUGAAGAGGAGUCAAGAGUUAGUAGCAGAUGUUCAGCAGUUAAAGGAUGCACUAAUGGCAUGUGAAGAACUACUAAACUUGGAGAAAGAGCAGAACAAACAAUUGAGGGAAUUUAACAAUGCCAACUGCCUAACCAAUGAGAACUUGAGAAGAGAGCUGAUUGAGCGCAGCAUGGAAGCAAAGCACCUUCAGUCCCUCUUAAGUACUCUGAAGGAAGAUGGCCAGCAACAGAUGGUGUCUCUACAUGAAAUCACUACAAAAUUAAAGUUCACAUCCACCCAGCUCGACUCUACUACAGAUCUCUUGCACAAGACUAAAGAGGAGUUGGCCAUUAAAAAACAAAGUUUAGAUAAUGCAGAGACAAACAUAUUAAGCCUUAAAAUGAGCCUGGAAGAGAAGGAAUGUGUCUUAAGGGAUGCUAUGGAUAAAAUAAAGAAACUAAGAACUCAUGCUGAGGUCAGAAAGCGUGAGGCAAAGCAGCUGAAAACUGAGCUAUACAAACUUUGGGAAACCCAAAAACAGACUGAGAACACAAAAAUUCAAUUGGCUGAAAAAGAGCAGAUGAUAAUAGCCAUGCAAGGACAUGCUGAAAAUCUGACUCUGACAUUUAGAGAACACAGACAAACUGUAGAAUCAUUACAGAAUGGAAAUUCUCAGCUUCUAGAAGUGCUUUGUGGCAAGAAAGCAGAGAUACAAGCUAUGAAGACCAAAUCAGAAACAAAAGAUACUAGGAUCCAAGAACUAGAGACAUUGUUUAGAAACAUGGAACUGGAGAAGCUCAGUCUAAUAAAUGCAAGCACAGAGAAGACCCUAGAAGCUAAGGAGUUGAUAAAGGAAAGAGAUCAGCUUUUGGCAGAGCUAAAAGUCACUCAGAAAGAUCUUUCAAGCUUAGCAGAAGAUUACAAGAUUUUAAAAAGAAACUACGAAAAUGGGCAUGGAGAAGGGGAUACAAUAUCUGUGUUAAAAAUGCAGCUAAAAGCCACGCUGGCAGAACUGGAGCAGACAAAAACUUCUUUAAGGAUGGUGGAGAGCUGUGAUGGACAUGCUAUUAAAGUUGCAAUGAGAAUGCAGAAGAAAAUAACUUCCAAAAGAGGGCAAAUAGAUGAACUACAAAGUCGAGUACAUUUGCUGAAUGAAAGACUUUCAGCUGUUGCCAAGGAUAAGCUUCAGCUGAAAGAAGAAAAGACUAAACUGCUGAAAGAAAAAGAAACAGAAGCAAAAGAACAGCAAAACCUGUUUGGUCAGGUGGUGACAUUGACAUCUGAGAACAAUAACCUUAAAGGCAAUAUAGCGUGCAUGGAAUCGGCCCUGGAAAAGGCAUCUCUGCAGUUGUCUGAAAGUCAGGCUAUGAUUCAACAUUUGGAGCAAGAAGCUAUGCGCCUAAGGUUACAACAUACACUGGAUAUGAAGGAGCUCAAAGGCCCAAGUGUAGAUAACAUUACUACAAAAACACAGGGUGUGCAUCCUCUGCUUUCCUGUCCUGGUUUGGCUAACUUUCCAUUGUUCCAAACAAAUCUACGCUUCACACCGUGCAGUACAGUGGCAAAUAAUUUCUUUAUGGAUAAGCCAACCAGGGAUGUGGAUCAAUUUUCAGAGAAAAAGCCCAUGAUUAACGAUGAAGAGCAAGCUGUGCAUACAAAGGCCUGUGAGAAAAAGGAUGCACAAACCCCCAGGUCCCACAUUUCAAGCAUAGUAGAAGUUACCAAAGACACAACAGAAAUGAUGUCAAGGUUGGACAGUUACAGUAGGGAACCUUUAACCUUGCACACUGUUGACCUUGAAGAGAAGGACCAUUCGCUUUCUUUAAUACAUCCUGAAAAUUCAUUCUCAGGGACCCCCUGCUACACCUCUUCUCCCAAGAAAUUUGCCAAAGAACAGAAUCAUAGGGUAAGGUCUCCAGUCCACUCUUUACUGACUGCCCCAUACAACAGCAGUGUGAUCUCCAGCACCUUGGAGAGCAAUCCCCUGAUUCGGGAUAUGUUAAAAGAGGACUUAACCCUAGAUGGGAAACCCUCUGACCCCACCAAUGUUCCUUCUCUAAAUCUCCAAGGACGACUGGAAAGCUUGCAGUGCAUGGCUGAGGAGUUACAAAUGAAAAAUAAAGAAAUGUCAUCUAUUUUUCGAAAACAUGAUAAAGCUAUCAUAAAAGCUACAAAGCAGGAGGAAAAGCUAAAAAAAUAAUGGAUUAAUUCAAGAAAUGUAAAUCAGCAGCAACAUUUAUGGAGGAAUGCACUCUUGAAGGAACAACCUGUUUAAAUUGUGCACUCUGUACUAUGGAUAUUUUAGAAGCCCAUCAUGGUGCUGUAAAGUAUUAGCCCCCGUGACAAUCUUACCCCUGUUAACUAGGACACUGACUGUUUGAGAAGCUGCUGUUAAUGUUGGUAACCACUCCAUGCAACCUCUCCCCUGUCUCCUGCAUGUCUAAUGUGCACAUGUUUACAAGCAGCAAUCCUUCUAGUUAAUGGUUGACAAUUUUUUAAAAUGUAUUCUUGGGAGUUGUAUUUUAUCUUGUGUACAAUUGUAUAUAAACAUUUUUUAGUUAAA